CUGGGGCGCCCGGCUCCUCCCCGCCUGUGCGCCGGAGCGCCGGCGGCCGCGCUGAGCUGUGCGGCGCGGGCCGGGCGAGCUGCCGCCUGCGCCCGGAGCGAGCGGAGCGCGGCUAUGCCCGGGCCCUAGUGCGCUGCCGCAACCCGCGCCCGCCGCCGCCUCUUCAAUGGGCAACCUGCUCGGCGGGGUCAGCUUCCGCGAGCCCACCACCGUGGAGGACUGCGACUCCACCUGGCAGACCGACUCCGAGCCCGAGCCUGAGCAGCCGGGGCCGGCAGGCGGUGGCGAGGGCCAGGAGCACGACGAGCCGGAGCAGCCGGAGCAGCCUCCAGAGAGGACCGGAGGGCGGCCCCGCGCCAGCCCUGUGCCGGAGGACCACUCUGAGGCGGCGGGCGCGGAGCAGGGUGGAGAGUCCAGGGAAGGAAGUGCCAAACCAAAGAGAAGCUUCUAUGCGGCGAGGGACCUGUACAAGUACAGACAUCAGUACCCACAGAACUUCAAAGAUAUCCGAUAUCAAAAUGACUUGAGCAACCUUCGCUUUUAUAAGAACAAAAUUCCAUUUAAGCCAGAUGGCGUUUACAUUGAAGAGGUUCUAAAUAAGUGGAGAGGGGACUACGAGAAGCUGGAGCACAACCACACGUAUAUCCAAUGGCUUUUUCCCCUGAGAGAACAAGGCUUAAACUUUUAUGCUAAAGAAUUAACCACAUAUGAAAUUGAGGAAUUCAAAAAAACAAAGGAAGCAAUCAGAAGGUUCCUCUUGGCUUAUAAAAUGAUGCUCGAGUUUUUUGGAAUAAAGCUGAUUGAUAAAACUGGAAAUGUUGCUCGAGCUGGAAACUGGCAAGAAAGAUUUCAACAUCUGAAUGAGUCUCAGCACAACUAUUUAAGAAUUACGCGAAUUCUUAAAAGCCUUGGCGAGCUUGGGUACGAGAGUUUUAAAUCUCCUCUGGUAAAAUUCAUUCUUCAUGAGGCUCUCGUGGAAAAUACUAUUCCCAAUAUUAAGCAGAGUGCCCUGGAGUACUUUGUUUAUACAAUUAGAGACAGAAGAGAAAGAAGAAAGCUCCUGCGAUUUGCCCAGAAACAUUACACACCGUCAGAGAAUUUCAUCUGGGGGCCACCUAAGAAGGAACAGCAAGAGCGAACCAAAGGUCAGAAAACACCUACUCCGCCAGCUUCAGGCUCGAAUGGUCAAACUUCUACACACAAGAAAUCCAAGGACUCUAAAAAUUCCUCAGGAGCUAUUCACUUAAAUAGCAAAAUGGUGGAAGAAAAAAAGGGGGCAUCGAGAGAGCCUGGGGAGGAGGCAGACAAGCCAAGCCCAGAGCCCAGCAGUGAAGACCCCAAGCCAAGAAACACAGAGAAAGAGAGUGCUGCUGAUCAAUCUGAUUCUCCACCUGAGAAAACAGUUACUGAUGCCACAGGAAAAGGAGAAUGUCCAACUUCUUCUGAAAAAGAUGGAGAAGGGGAAGACCAGAGCAAAGACUCUGAAAAUUCUGAAAAUGCCUGUUGUCAUGCAGAGGUAGUGCCAGAGCAAAAUGUCACAAACCCACAAACCACUUCUGGUUAAGGGAAUUAAAACAAAACAAAACAAAACUGCUGUCUAAUGUAUCCUGAAAAACAGAGAUGAGGUUACAUUUAAAAUGUUAGCCGCCUGUGACUUUUGCUGUAAGCCCUUUGUUCUUGUUUUUAUUUUGGAUCACAAUGAAUUGGACAUUUCAUAAGAAGUUUUAAGACCGGAUCCAAUAAAAGAAUAUAUUUAGGGUGUGUUUUCAAAUUCUGUAUAUAACAGUCACUUUAAAAAUAGUUUCAAGUUAUCUAGACGCAAUUCUGUAGCAUUUGGUAUUGAACACAUUCUCUUGAGAGAUUCCUGCAGACAUCAAGACCAUCUGGUGAUGCGGUAGCACCUGGCUUUUAGAUUAAUGAAGGAUUGUAAGUUAGGUGUGCCCAGAUGUUUCCAGACACUCAUCUGGAUUCCCUGUGUACAGGGCCUCAGAGAUCUUAGCUUGGGUAGCUGCUAUGGCUGGUCCGUCCUUCCCAUUGGUCUGCUGUCCUCCUCGCUGGUCCGUCCUUCCCAUUGGUCUGCUGUCCUCCUCUGGUCCGUCCUUCCCAUUGGUCCGCUGUCCUCUCGCUGGUCCGUCCUUCCCAUUGGUCCGCUGUCGUCCUCUAUUCGCCCUCCUCUUGCUUAAGCAUCACCAACUCUCUCAGCUUCCACAUGAGUUUUCAAGUACAUGUUAGGAUCCUCUCCUAUACCAAUGUCUAGGUGGAACAGGGGAUUUUUACUAGCCUGACUUCAGGAUUUUUUUUUUUUAUGUUCAUAAUAAUAAAAAUAUUCUCAGUAUUAAGUAUUUAGAAAGCAUAUUUUUUUUGUAAGUGAAAAAAAAUAAGGAACAAAAGUAGACUUGUUUUUUUUGUGGCUGUUCUAUACAAAAUUGGUAGUUGAUUAUGGAUGCAAAUCACUGAGGAAUAUUAUAAAAAUCACAAAAAAUUAGUCAUUUUGAAAAGUAUGACUCUUCACACUGUCAACAAGCAAACUGUCCUUUGAGCCAUUAGUGUAGUGAUGCCCUGAGGACUCUACUGGUAUCACCAGUCCAUGGUGUCUACAUGUAUGUAUAUAUGUAUCUUCAUGUAUCGUGUGUAUGUUCAUCUCAUUGUCAUGUACUGUGUAUGUCCAUCUUCAUGUAUUGUGUAUGUAUGUUCAUCUUCAUGUAUCAUGUGUAUAUGUUCAUCUCAUCUUCAUUUUCUAUGUAUAUGUUCAUCAUGUAUUAUCUGUGUAUGUUUAUCUUCAUGUAUUGUGUGUAUGUUUAUCUUCAUGUAUUGUGUGUAUGUUCAUCUUCAUGUAUUCUGUGUAUGUUUAUCUUCAUGUAUUAUAUAUAUGUUCACCUUCAAGUAUUGUGUGUGUAUAUUCAUCUUUCAUUUGUCAUUUGAAACUGAGAACAGUUUAAAAUUAUAUAUACCCACUUUAAGUAAAUAUUAGAUUUGCAUAGCAUUGGUUAAAAGUUUUAUUUUCUACAGUGUUAUUGCUAAUUAUUAGUACAAAUCAGAAGACAAUCAGAAACACUGUGAUAGGAACUUCAAAACAUUCAUACAGACAAAAUGAUGAACAGAAAAUAUUUUUACUUUUUUUUCUAUAGAGCGAAGAAUUGACUUUUAAAACUCUCUUUUCAGCUUUUAAGAAAAGACCCAUAUGCUUUCACCCCACCCACACACGCCAGGGAACUUUUCCUAUUUUCUCUUUCGUAGUACAUCAGAUAAUCAUCUUGGCUUCUUCAGCCCGCAGCUUUCAGUGGUGAUUCCUACAAAAUACUAAUCUUAGGCUUUUCGAAAUAAGAUUUUAUUGUUUUUAAAUAUACACAGCCCAGUCAUUUAUCCCUGAUUAUCUUUGUGCACCAUAGUGGCACAAAUAUGAUACAUACUUGUUUGUGAAUCAUAUCCCUAUAAGAAAGACAAGAAACAUUUCAUUGUCCUAGGUCCGUAAUACAUCAGCUUUAGCUUGUACCAAUUUGUGAGGUGUUAAGAUUUUGAUGAGAUUUUUGUGAGGUCGUAAUCUUGGUUUAAAUUCAGCUCAAUGCAAAGGAGUGCAUGGACUGCCUUAUGUGGUGUUUGUAGCAAAGUCUAAAGAUCUUAGAUGUUUACACAGGGUUCAGGAGUGAGAGGAUUGCCAGCUUAGGAUGAAUUAUAGGGAUGUGAGCUUUUUAAGGUAUUAAAAUAUCUUAAUUCUGAACACACACUGAAGCGUUCAGAGCACUUUAAAGGUGUUUAGUAUACAAACCAUGGGACCAGGAGACUAGAGAGAUGACUUGGUGGUAAAGAGCUCUUGUUGCUCUUCCAGAGGACUGGGGUUCAGUUCCCUGGGCCUAUUCUGGGUAGAUCACAAUUGCCUCUACUACCAGGGGAUCUGAUACCUUGUUCUGGCUUCUGGGGGGAGUGGGGAUGCAUGCAUGUGGUGCACAUACAUACACUCAAGCGCAUACAUACACAUAAUUUUUUGAAAUAGAUGUGGGAUCAGAUACUAACAAUAUUUUUUUUUUAAAAAAGCUACCAGAUACAAAAGUUAAUACAAUCCAAAUUACUUAGAAGUUACAGCAUACAAGAACCCUUAGAAAUAAGUUUUUACUUCACAAUUUAGAUUCUAGAAUAUUAUUCCUUAUUAAUGGUUUUGUUAGGUUGUGCUAUUUAAUUUGAGAAUACUUAGUCUCUAGAGUAGUACACCCUGGCUUUCAUCUAAAAUAGUGGCCUUUUUCUUGCAGCAGUUAUUUAAACUGCGUAUUCAUAAUGUGACAAUGUUUCCUACAUUUAAUCUGUAAAUAGCAGAGAAAAUAGCUCAGUGAAGAACAAGUUGAAGUAAGUCAUUCCUUUUGCUGAUAAAAUUUGAGCAUCUCGAAUUUUUUCUAUUAAGAGUACUUUGUACAUUUAAUAGUUUUUUAACAUAAGAUCUAUAGAUGACGUGUUUAUGUGUGUGUUCACUAUCAAACAGUGGCCCAAAUUUGACGUAGAUGUUUUGUGUUUUUCAAACCACCAUAUGCUUACAGUAAUUGACUGAGAAGCUGUUCCAGAAAAUGCUGUGCCGCAUGGCCAAGUAGCUAGAUGCAUUGCUGAGCAUCCGCAGGUGUUCUCAUGUGGUCUUUGUUGUACCAAAAGCAGCAAGGAUACAAAGUAUCAGCUGUUGAUAAAAUUACAUUUCACAACAAAUAGAUGCUAAAUUGCUUGAUUAGCUUGGUGCAUUUCUAAUAUUUUUUUUUUUUGCUUUCAAAUAUUUCAGAGGAAAAAAUAUAUGUGAAGAUAUUUUGAAAUACUAUAAAGCGAUAAAUAGUUAUAUAUUUCUGUAUGGUGGAGAUGUUUCUGACAUUAAGAUUAUUGUAUUGUUCUGUGUUUUCAAACUCAUUCUCAUUGGAAAUUUUAAAUGAUCAUGACUUGAAAAAAAAUCUUACCUGCUUUCUCUAAAUUGAGGCUUGUUGUCAGUUCUAAAAUUAAAUUGUAUAGUUUUAUUUUGUUUUGGGUUUUGGAAUUAUAAUUUUUAGUUUUAAGGAACGAAGAUCUACAACUCAGGAGUUACUAAGAACGUUUUAAGACUUGUUUUUUUGGUGUUACGUAUAUAAAUAUAUGAAUGUGUAAUAAAAACCUGUCAUAGCCAU